AAGCGCCAAAUUGAGCCCAAAGUUUGUGUCCCCUCCUCUCCCUUCUCCGCCAAGGCGCGGCGAGGAGGCCGCGGGAAGUCAUCGUCGGCGCCGGCGAGGCCGGGCUCCCCUCGCCGGAGGCCACCGGCGACCCGCGACCUUCCCAAUCCACUCGAUCCUCUGCAUCCGGGCACCGCCGCCGGCACCGCGCCGCUCCUCCAUUUCUGGCCUCCCUAGGGCGAAGGAUCACCGCCGCCGUAGAGUACGUGGAUUUCUGUGCUUGGUUACCCUACUGCACCUCCUUCCUCUGCUCCGACGGCGACCCCAGGGUGUUCGUCAGUUUCGUCGUCGACAUCGAGCCUCGGCUUCUUCGCAGAUUAUGCCUCUCCGCUAUAUGUUUAUUCUACUUGGUGGGAUUGCAAGUUCUUGAAUCUUUAAGUGGAGAAGUGUGUUCAAUCAGAGAUAUUUUUUUGAGGAACAUAGCAUGGUACUACCACCACUUGGCAUUGCUAUGGGGGACUCUUGGUCUGAUACUGAAAUCAUCAUGUUCUUGGCUGAGAGAAAAACAUGGGAUCCUCUUCCACAGAACAUACUGGUGGGGGUUGACCUUACUAUGAUUGAUCCACGGGACUCCCCUGAACAGGUCACUGGUGCACAGAACUGAUGAUUUCUAAUGAUUACUUGCAUAAAAUGGUUUUCUGUGGAAGAGCUCUUAUGGUAUCUACAAGUUUUGUGUCGCCCAAUUUUGUCAAUUGAUCAGAAUAUUUUGGAACCCUUUGGUUCUUGAAUUGGCCUGAUAACCAGCUAUGCUAUGAUGACGAGAACAAUGUUUUCAGAAAGGCAAAGAAUGGAUAUUGGAAGUGCGUUGAUGCUUGCAGAAUACAGACAGGCACAUCUAUCUUGGGCGUGAAACUCUGUUUAGAGUUUCAUGAAGGCCAAACACCAUGCGGUACAAGAAGUGGGUUGAUGAUGUACGAAUAUUUGAUAGAACAGAAUGAUGAACUGAAUUUACCACAGGGUUGAAGGUUGAUGCUCUGCAUUUCUGACAGGCCUACAAGUCUCUAUGUAGAAUGUUCCUUCAGAAAGACAGAAAGAUUGUUGAAGAUGAACAUAUCUCCUUGAAUUUAGGUGUUCAUCAUAAUUUUCUGGGAUCCUACUCUCAAUAUCUUGCAGAAAUACAAAGGCAAAAUAUGGUAAUGAAUUCCCAGGCUGUGUCUUCAGACAAAAAAAGUAUCUUCAUCAGAGAAUUGGAUGAACGAAAAAGCAAGAAAUGUUCCACCAAGAUAACCAGGUCAAGCACAAGGCUCUACCGACAAAAGAUUCCUCAUAUUUGGUGUCUACGUCACAGUGUGUCUAGGAAAUGGUUUCGUGAAUCAAUGUUCAGAGUUAUUGAUAAGUUGGCAAAAUUGCUUGAGUCAGUAUUACUUGAUUUGGCCACUGUGAGACAAAAAAUAAACAAAGGUAAAAAACGAAUUUGGAAGAUGGAAGGCAAAUUGGAAAAGGCUCAGAUUCAACAUCUGACAGACUUCAACAACAAAUAUGGACCAUCUAUUCGACAAUCAGUUGAAACUGCUGAACAUAAUAACUGUGCUUUGAGGUGUCUUAAUAAUUAUUUGGAGUUGAUGAUUGAGGAACCACGGUUUAGUUCAAUUGCCUAUGUUCGUCUGGAUUCACAAGUCAAGAAACUCGAUAAGGAGAACACGUCUGCGAUGGAUUUAUCAUCCAGUUUGCACCAGAUGCUUCAGAAGUUAAAUUUAAGAGUACAAGAUGAAGAAGUCUGGGUGUCACAGUUAGGCUCAAAUUUGCAGGCUUCAUUCAGAAAAAUCAUGGAUACCUCCUCAGAAAUAGGAAAAUUAGAAGAUGAAGUUUUGCAGCUGAAGGUCGAUAUAGCUGAGUUUGCUCCAGGUGAAGUAACCAGUUGUGCAGUAUAUGAAAUGAUCAAGACACUUCAAAUUGUUGAACUGUUCAUGAAUAAUUCCACCAGACAUUUGAAACUUAUCGAUGGAAUUAAUUCUGAAAUGAGAGAGUUUGGAAGUAUCUUUAAUGGCAAAGUGAGAUGCCUUGUUCGCUUUGCUAGAUAUCAACAAACUAUUAUGGAGAAGUCUACACAGAUAAAUUUGUUCCAGAUAAUCAAUUUCCUUGGUGACAUCCGUGCUAAAGUUGACAAAAUGACUCAAAUGUAUGGUCUAUCUGAAGUUGUGCCCAUUGUCUCAAACCAGUUUAUAGAGGGGAGCUUCAAUGCCGAUGCAUAUGCUUUUGAGAGUUUGAAAGAGCACAGCACUGAUCUCUGUUUUAGUUGGAGAACAAGGAAGUUUCAUAACAGAUUAAUUCUCCCUCCAGUGAGGCAACAAACUUCUGGGACGUGUUCAUAUUACGCGACACUAUCAUCAGUUGAGUCCUUGUAUAAAAGAGAAUAUGCAUCAUACCCUACUAUCUUAAAAGAUAAGAUUGGACAGCCUGAUGAAUUUCUGGUUAAUCUGUCAAGAGCUCAGUUGGAAGAUAUAGUAGAAGAUUUUUAUACCAGGCAUAAAGUCAAGGGUUCGAAAAGGUUGAAUGUUUGUUUAGAUAAGAUGAAAAAUGAAGGCGUUAUUUCGGAAGAAUCAUAUAUGAACCCUCAGGCUCAGUUUGUGCAGUCCACAGAAAGAUACAAAAUCAAACAAUACGAAGAGCUCAAUCUUGAGAUUGCGAUGAGGGAACGUGAUAAGGAAGAAGUAAGCAUUGUUGACAAGAAGUGUAUAGGAAAGAAGAAAAAAAGGAGGUUCAGAAAAAAGAUGAGAAUGAAGGAGCACAUAUUUCUGACGAAGAUAAAGAAAGUUAUUGAGAGCCAUAUAAUGGAUGGAAAGGUGCUCAUUGCUAGUUUCCGGGUAACAACUGGUUACUUCAGGUUGCUACCUCAUCAAAUCUACAAAAUUCCAGAAGAAGAUCCCCAAUAUGAAUUGAAUAAAAAAGGUAAUCCCUGUUCUCAUUGUGUCGUUGUUGUUGGUUUUGGGAUUCGGGACGGUGAAUGUUAUCUGAUCUAUCUAAAUUCAUAUGGGACUUCCUGGGGACAUGACGGAUUCGGUAGAAUAUACCUUGAUAGUGUCAGGAAGCUUUUUUUAGCUCAGGUCUAAACUUUGCGUGUAAAACAGUGAAAUUGUAAACUGAAAUGUUAUUGAAUAAUAUUUCUUGAUUUGGUUAUCUAUAUUUCUUUCCUAUGCA